AUGGCUGAACCAAGCAAAAGUCGGCUUAAGAUCCUAAUCAUCAAUCCAAAUACAUCCACGCACAUGACGGAUGCCUUGAAACCUAUAGUGGACAACCUCGGCUUUGCAGAUGUUCAAUUUGACUACUUGACGGCUCCAUCGAAUGAGUCAGUCACCCUCGAAGAUGGACGUGUAAUAGAAGGCGUGCCGAGUAUCAACUCCGGCGAGGACUCUGCUACAUCAGCAUUGCAUUGCAGGCCCUUUGUGGAGCCCUUUAUUCCCAAAUACGAUGGGUUUCUGGUGGCAUGUUAUUCGGCUCACCCUCUCGUGGGAAUGUUGAAGGAAGCCAUCUCGAAAUUAGAAAACUCAGCUCUGUCAGUGAACUCGAAGCCUAGGAGGAAGUACGUUACGGGUAUCUUCGAAGCGAGUGUCCUCAUGUCGCUGUCCUUGGUUGGCUCGUUUCACAUGACUGGAGGUUCGGGACUGCACAAAACGCAAUCCAAGGACAUGUUCGGUAUCAUUUCUACGGGCAGCAUCUGGCGGGAUGAGCUAAGCCGUGCUGUUGAAGCAUUUCUUGUUAAUUCUGAUGAGAAGACAUCGUCGACCAAUCGUUUCGCUGGUGUAGAAACUACCGGUCUUACAGCCGUUGAACUGCAUACCACCCCAGCUGAAGAAGUGAGAAGAAGGAUCAGCGAGGCUACACGAAGACUUAUCCAAGCCGCUCCGCACCCUCUUACGGCAAUCUGCAUGGGCUGUGCCGGUAUGGCCGGAAUGGAGGAAGCAGUGAGGGAUGGCUGUGUGGAAGCUUAUGGUCGGCAAGAAGGAAAUCGUGUGAGAAUCGUUGACGGUGUGGUUGCCGGUGCCGGGAUGCUUGUUACGGCUUGCAAAGCAGGAUUUUGA